AUGGCAGACACGGAAAAGAACGAGGGCAUCUCGCCCGCGCCCGCGCUCAUGCGCAGCGCCAGCGGCAGCGUCGACGAUGGCAAGAUGGCCAACGCCGAGGACAACUUUGAGGUCUUCAAACGAGGCGAGGGCACCGUCGAUUUUCGCACCGUCGGCUGGAUCCAGGCCUCGGUCAUCUUUCUCAAGGUCAUCUUCGCCGUCGGCGUGCUCACCAUCCCCUCCGCCAUGUACGUCCUGGGUGCCCUGCCGGGCGCCAUCAACGUCCUCGGCUGGCAGGCGCUCAACACGUACUGCGCCAUCAUCCAGGGCAACUUUCGCAACGCCCACGCCGGCUGCCACUCCAUUGCCGACAUGGCCAACGUCGUCGGCGGGGUAUGGCUCAAAGAAGUCGUCGGCGUGCUGUUCCUCGUGACUUACGCCAUCGUCGGGGCCGCGGGCAUCUUUGGCUCCUCCGUCGCCCUUAACGUCUUCUCCAACCACGCCAUCUGCACAAACUGGUUCAUGGCCGUGUGCACCAUUGCCGUCUUCAUCCUCGCCAGCGCCCGCAAGUUUGAGAAGAUUGCCUGGCUCACCUGGGCGGGUUUCCUCUCCGUGUACAUUGCCGUCUUCAUAGUCGUUGUCGGCGUCACGCAGCGUGAUCGUCCGGCCGCCGCCCCUCAGACGGGUGACUACGACUUUGGAUACCGCGUCAUCGGCAACCCGACCUUUGUGAGCGCCAUCACGUCCGUCGCCACCAUCUUCUGCUCGGGCGCUGGCACGUCCGCCUUUUUGCCCGUCAUCUCCGAGAUGAGGCGCCCGCGCGACUACAACAAGGCCGUCUAUCUCUGCAUGGGCAUCGUAACCGCGUCCUACCUCACCUUCUCCCUCGUCGUGUACGCCUACUGCGGCAAGUGGGUGGCCUCGCCAAGCCUGGGCAGCGCGGGUGACACCCUCAAGAACGUGGCCUACGGUGUCGGUCUGAUCGGCCUGCUGGUUAGUGCCUGUCUGUACAUCCAUGUCGCGGCCAAGUACCUCUUUGUGCGCAUGCUGCGCGACUCGCCGCACCUGCAGAAGAACAGCGUCGUGCACUGGUCUGUCUGGCUCGGCUGCACGUUUGGCAUGUCCGUCGUCGCCUUCCUCCUCGCCUCCGGCAUCCCCAUCUUCAACUACCUGCUGGCCCUGGCCGGCAGCCUGACCUUUGCGCCCCUCGCCCUGGGUCUGCCUGGGUACCUUUGGAUCUACGAUCACCAGCACUACCGCAAGGGGGCGUGGUGGCAGGUCCUUGCGUACUGGCUCAACUGGCUCAUGAUCCUGCUGGCUGUGUUCCUGACGAUCGGCGGCACGUACGGCACGGUGCAGUCCAUUAUUGACGCGUACGCCAGCGGGCAGAUUGGCCAGGCCUUUAGCUGCGCCGACAACAAUGUUUGA